UUCAAGCCCGUUUUCCUGGGCACGGCACACCCCCGGAGCGAGCUGGCGCGGCACCGGCGGGUGGUGAACAGCCAGAAGUGUGUGCGGGCAGGAGGGAAGCACAACGACUUGGAGGACGUGGGCCGAGACACUUACCAUCACACAUUCUUUGAGAUGCUGGGGAACUGGUCCUUCGGGGAUUACUUUAAGGAGGAGGCAUGUAGCAUGGCCUGGGAGCUCUUGACAGAGGUGUAUGAGAUCCCCAGAGAUCGUCUCUAUGUCACCUAUUUUGGUGGAGACUCCUCGUUGGGGCUGAGUGCGGAUGAGGAGUGCAGGGAUGUAUGGCUCCGCCUGGGGGUCCCUGCCAGUCAUGUGCUUCCUUUUCCAUUGAAGGACAACUUCUGGGAGAUGGGGGACACAGGUCCCUGUGGUCCCUGCACAGAGAUCCACUAUGACCACGUGGGUGGUGGCAGAAACGCUGCAGCACUGGUGAACCAGGGCAACCCCGACGUAGUGGAGAUCUGGAACUUGGUCUUCAUGCAGUACAGCAGAGAGGUGGAAGGGAAUCUGCUUCCCUUGCCGCAGCACCAUGUGGAUACGGGAAUGGGUCUGGAGAGGCUGGUGACAGUUCUGCAGCACAAACGCUCCAACUACGACACAGAUCUCUUCACUCCCAUCUUGGAUGCCAUUCACAAGGGCUGCAAGGCACCCAGAUACCAAGGUCUGGUUGGGGAUGCCGAUGUUGGGCACGUGAAUAUGGCCUACCGUGUGGUGGCAGAUCACGUGCGCACCUUGUGCGUGUGCAUUGCUGAUGGCGUCUACCCAGGCUUCUCCGGAGCAGAGCUGGUGCUGCGUCGAAUCCUGCGCAGGGCUGUCCGCUUUUGCUCUGAAGUCCUUCAGGCUUCACCUGGGCUCCUGGCCUCCCUGGUGCCUACUGUAGUGGAAGUGCUGGGAGAUGCUUAUCCAGAGCUGGUGAAGAAUGCAGACCAGAUCAUGGAUAUCAUAAAUGAGAACGAGGCCGCGUUUCUGUCCUCCCUCGAGCGUGGGAGGCACAUCAUUGAGCGAACAGUGCAGCAGAUGGAGCCCUCCACAAACUUCCCAGCUGAAGUAGCCUGGUCACUCUGUGGGAAUUUGGGAUUCCCUCUGGAUCUGAUUGACUUGAUGCUUGAAGAAAAGGGAAUCAGUUUGGAUUUAGCUGCUUUUAACAAACUUGCUCUGGAGGAUGCAAAACGGAAGGCUGGUGGCCCACAGGCAGGACGGCCAGAGAACACAAACACACACCUUGAUGUGCACUCGCUAGCUCAACUGCAGAGGGACAACGUGCCUGCCACCGAUGACUCUCCCAAGUAUGCCUACACCCUUGGGCAGCACGGGCAGUAUGAGUUCAGUCCAUGCCAGGCCACUGUCCUGAUGCUGUACAGAGAUCAGACUCUCCAGAAGGAGGUUGGGGCAGGGCAGCGCUGUGGUGUCAUCUUGGACAGGACUAACUUCUAUGCAGAGCAGGGUGGGCAAGACUCUGACCAAGGCUACAUGAUACUUUUAGGACAGCAGGAUGUACUUUUCCCUGUAGAAUCAGUUCAACUCUGUGGUGGCUAUGUUAUCCAUGAAGUCACUGCUGUGGAAACCCUGCAUGCUGGUGACCAAGUGCAGCUCUUUGUGGAUGAGGCCCAGAGGCUGGCCUGCAUGACAAACCAAAACGCUACCCACCGGCUGAACUUUGACAACACAGAGCAGCGAGGGUCCCAUGUGACAGCAGAGCAGCUGCGCUUCGAUUUCAAUACCAAGGGCCCUGUGACUGUGGAGCAGCUGCAGCAAGUGGAGGAAGUGGUCCAGGAUAUGAUCAAAAGAAAUGAGGCUGUGCAUACGGCUGAGGUCCCCCUCAUGCUGGCAAGAAGUGUUCAGGGACUCCGUGCAGUGGAUGAGGGGUAUCCAGAUCCAGUGAGGAUAGUGUCCCUGGGGGUCCCUGUGGAGAGUGUGCUGACCUGUGACUCCGAGGCUGCAAUGCAGACCUCUGUGGAGCUCUGCUGUGGGACACAUCUUCUCCAAACGGGAUCUGUGGAAGAUCUGACUAUCAUCAGUGAGCGUCAGCUCGUUAAAGGGAUUAGCCGUGUUGUUGCAGUGACAGGGAGACAAGCCAAGCAGGCCCGGGAAGCAGGCCAGUGUUUGGCUAUAGAAGUGGACUCUGUCUCCCUACGAAUGAAGCAGAGGAGCACCUCUAUUCCUGAGAUGCAGAACCUCUCCAAAGAAGUGGGCCAGUUGACCAAAGUGGUGGAUACUACUGCAAUGCCCCAGUGGCAAAGAAAAGAACUACAGACCAUCCUCAAAGCACUACAGCGAACGGCCAACACGGCUGUCAGGAAACUGGAGCUGCAGCAGGCUGAAAAGAAGGCACAAAGCCUGCUAGCAAAACAUUGCAACCAAGCUGUCAUCAUUGAUACUGUCCCAGCUGAUUCCCUCUCUAUCCUAAUGAAGGUAGUGAACCAGCUGUGUGACAAGUCUCCUGGCACAUCAGUCCUGCUGCUCAGCCCUCAGGCUUCUGGUGAGGUGCUCUGUGCCUGUCAGGUGUCCAAGAAUUGCCUCCCUGCAUUCUCCGCUGCUGACUGGGCCGUGGCUGUCUGUACGCAGAUGGAAGGGAAGGCAGGAGGCUCUCCCAUUGUUGCUAAGGGCAGUGGAAAUGCCAAGGGCAUGCAGGGAGCCCUGACUACUGCACUGGAAUUCGCUCAGAGUAAACUGUGA